AUGGCAAAGUCAUCUACUUCUGCCCCCCACACCGUCUGGGCAGCAGGACACGCUCUCGUUCUCGUGUCGACGUUGACGAUCCUGCUCGGACUGAUCACCUUCAACGGUCGAUCCAGUCGGGCCUACUACCUCGCUUAUUCGGGCGCACUCGUCUCGUGGGGCAUCGUCGUCUAUAAAUCGCUAGGCAUACCCUCUCUCAAUAGGGCGUACAUCCAGAGGGCCCUGCUCGACGAGAACGUCCAGUAUCUCCUGCUCGCGCUCUACUUUUUCUUCAACAAGCCAAUCCAGGCGAGCCUGAUCCCCUUUGCGACCUUUUCACUCUUCCACACUCUGACGUUUGCACGAACGAUCUUAUUGCCAAAGCCUCCUGCGGCAUCGAGCAGUAAGAAGGAUGCAUCGCCUGCUUCGGCCGGUGCCAAUCUCUCAAAGUCCAUUCAGACAUGGGUCAAGAAGAAUUACGAGCACGCCAUGUUGUUCGUCAGCUUUGUCGAGCUGGGCGUCAUGGCACAAGUCACGCUGGGCGCUCUCACUUUCCAGAACUCUUUCCUUAUUCCCAUCGUCUAUGCCCACUUUCUACGAUUCAGAUAUUAUCUGUCGCCGCAGACGCGCGAUGCUUUCGCCUGGUUCUCACAACAGCUCGAUCAUCUGACGGCGAACCCCAACUGUCCGCCUGCUGUCAAGCGGGGCGUCAAUGCCGCUCGCGAUAUCAUCAUACGAUACGCCGAGAGCGUGAUCGCAGUACAGCAGCAGAGCGGCUCUGCGCCUACCACAGGCUCUGCUUCUACUUCAGGUAGCUCGACCGCCCGGCCAUCGUCAGCUUCGGGAACGACAUCCUCAAGAACUGCUUCUGCCUCAAAGUGAGCUACCGAGCGAGCAAACUGAAAGUAUACCGACGAGUUUCGAGCGUCCGUGAGAAGAAGCCAAAGUUGUAGUUCUUUACGCGUGCAUCCCUCUCUUUUGCGCGCUUACGACAAUACAACAACAUCGACAAUACAUGAUCUAGGGAGCUUCAUCGAGCGAUGGCUCGUGGACCUUUGUUUCGCAUUUGCCUGCCUGAUGAUUCUGAAGGCAGCGGCGUGUGAAAGGCGGACCACAUUCCCCUCACGCUCUCGUUGGUCGAUUGGACAGGAUGCUCUGCCUUUAUCCUACGCAGCUUCUGGCCCGACGCAUCGACGAGCAGCUUGACCUUUUGCUGUACUCCCGUUCCUUCCAAUCCUCUCAAGCAGAUG